UAAGUCCAAUUUCCCGAUAAAACCAACAGUUCAAACAACGAAAUUCGAAAUAAGUUCUCCAGCGACAUCUCUCCACGAAACGCUCAGCUACCUAGAAACUUUCGGUUUCUUCGAACCGUGGAUUGGCACCCUAAAACUGGAUUUACGUGUCACUUGUCACAGUUUUAGGUUAGAAAAUAAAUAAUUACGUGUAAAUCCAUAUUUCCGCAAAAUGCAUUCGGUUUUACAACGCGGAAACGCGAUUUUGGCGUACGCCCUCAGCGUCCUCGCUUGUCUGACCUUUGCCUGCUUCAUCUCGACCGUAUUUCUCGAUUACCGCACGAAUGCUUCGAUGAAUACAGUCAAAGUGGUUGUGAAAAACGUGCCGGAUUAUAGCGCGUCCAGGGAAAAGAACGACUUGGGCUUCUUAACUUUCGAUCUUCAGACGAACUUGACUCAUCUCUUCAACUGGAAUGUGAAGCAGCUGUUUUUGUAUCUCACGGCCGAGUAUGAGAGCGCCAACAAUAAACUGAACCAGGUUGUCCUUUGGGACAAGAUUAUUUUACGUGGCGAAAAUGCCGUACUUGACUUUAAGAAUAUCAACACCAAGUAUUACUUUUGGGAUGAUGGGAACGGUCUUAAAGCCAAUAAAAACAUCACUUUGACUCUCUCCUGGAAUAUUAUACCCAACGCUGGAUUAUUGCCUAAUAUUUUCGCCCAUGGCUCACACUCUUUCAAGUUCCCAGAGGAAUACACCACUUCUAGGAUGUAAUAAGUUAUUUGUUGUUAGGGAUUUUUUAAAUAAAAGUUUCACCGAUUAA